AAUUUAAGUGACCGGAGAGAAUAUACAAAAGAGAUCUCACCGGCGAAAUGGACGAGUCGUGGCGUAUGAAGAUGGGUUUAAACAUUGAUCCCUUCUUCUCCAUUGCUCGAAGAUCCAUGGACGCUCGCAUCAACGCCGAAGACUUCGCCGAUGUUUUCGGAGGACCGCCGCGUAGCGUCCUAACCCGAAAAUUCUCCGGCGACUUUUCCCGCUCCGACUGCUUCUACGACGAGAUUUUCCGACCACCUGGGAUUUCCUCCGGUGGCACUCUUCCGUCGUCUAAAUCUCACGGCAGAAACUUACCGGCGUUUAGGAUUCCGUCCGGCGGAGAUGGAUUUUACGACGGCGUGUUCGGCGGUCGCGGUGGGACGGCGAAGGAGGGAUCCAAGAAGCAGAGUCCGGUGGCUAAAUCGAGGUCGAAUUCCUCGUCGAUGCUCACUUCGGAGGAGGUCAGUCCUCAUUAUCCGCCACCACCGGCGGGGACUUCCGGCGAUGAUGCCGGAAUAUCUUCUUUUACUUCUAGACUCAGACCGUUAAACGUUCCGUCAAGAAGUCAUAAGCGGGAAUCGAAGAAACAGAGUUUCCCGGCGUUUCCGACAUCUUUUGCCGGUAACGAUAACACACCGGAAAAACCCAAUUUUUAUUGCAAAAACCCACACUUCGGCGGCUCUCGAAGAUCCUCGCCGGAGACCAUGAGCUUCAGGAAAAUGGAGGAUUUAGGACCGAGCUCUCCGGCAUCUUCCCCUGUGUCUUCUUUAGAUGAAACAGAGGAAAAACAGAGAGACUAUAAAGUAGAACAAGAAGAUGAUGAGGAUGAGAUGAGCUCUUACGUAAUCGAAAUAAACUCAGACCGGUUUGAUCGAAACAGAGAAGGAGGAAGUGGAGGAGGAGGGAACUCGGACUCGAACGACAUGGAUGAAGCAAUAGCAUGGGCUAGAGAGAGAUCUCAACGUCCAGAAACAAAGCAUACACAAGAAGACUUUAUGUAUUCCAGAAGAAGCCAAGAAGAAGAAGCCAAAUCAGAAGAAGAGAUGGAGAUGGAGAUGAAAGAUGAAGAGAUAAGAGUCUGGUUAACCGGAAAAGAAACCAACAUAAGACUCCUCCUCUCAACUUUACAUCAUGUUUUGUGGUCAAAUAGCAAUUGGCAGGCGAUACCUUUGGCAAAUCUUAGAGAUGGAUCACAAGUGAAGAAAGCUUACCAAAAAGCUAGGCUUUGUUUACAUCCUGAUAAACUUCAACAGAGAGGUGGAACUUCACCUCUUCAGAAGUCUGUCGCCAGCAGAGUAUUCUCCAUUCUUCAGGAAGCAUGGGCUGUGUACGUAACAAAUGAAGGACUCUCAAGCUAAACCGGAAAGCGCAAAUCACUUUUUGGUUUGUAGUAAACCGGAGAUGUUCAGAAUCAUCACUUAUUAUAUAAUGAAGAAUAAGGAAAAGGAAAAUGAGAGUUUGUUUUCUUUUUUUUUUGUAAUAAUUCUAUAGUCAUAUGAACAUUCCCAUCAUCCCAUGUGUUGCAUUUGGGUCUUCCAUCGUCAAUGUUCUUAUAUACAACAAAAUGUUCGAAAACUAUAUUAAAG